UCACCGACCGGGAGAAGCUGUUCUGGCGUAGGGUUUGCUGGGGAAAAUGGUGGAACCAGGGCAAGAUUUACUGCUUGCUGCCUUGAGCGAGAGUGGGAUUAGUCCGAACGACCUCUUUGAUGUUGAUGGAGGAGAUGCCGGGCUUGCAACUCCUACUCCCCCUUCAGUUCAACAGUCGAUGCCACUUAGUGCAUUAGAACUAGGUUUGGAGACAGAAGCAGCAGUUCCUGUUAAACAAGAACCAGAGACAAUGUCUACUCCUGCACUGUUAAAUGUGAGGCAGCAGCCUCCAUCCACUACAACUUUUGUGCUGAAUCAAAUAAAUCAACUUCCAACCUUGGGAUCUACAAUUGUAAUGACUAAAACACCACCUGCAACGACCAAUAGGCAAACCAUCACUUUAACAAAGUUUAUCCAGACCACGGCAAACACACGCCCUUCAGUCUCAGCACCAGCAGUAAGAAAUGCUAUGCCCCCUGCUCCUUCAAAAGACCAGGUUCAGUUGAAGGAUUUACUGAAAAACAAUAGUCUAAAUGAACUCAUGAAACUGAAGCCACCUGCUAACAUUGCUCAACCAGUUGCAACUGCAGCUACUGAUGUCAGUAAUGGUGCAGUAAAAAAAGAAUCUUCUAAUAAAGAAGUUGCAAGGAUAUGGAUAAAUGACAUGAAAAUGAGAAGUUUUUCUCCCACUAUGAAGGUUCCUGUUGUGAAAGAGGAAGAUGAACCAGAGGAAGAAGAUGAGGAAGAAAUGGGUCAUGCAGAGACCUAUGCAGAGUACAUGCCAAUAAAAUUGAAAAUUGGCCUUCGUCACCCUGAUGCAGUAGUGGAGACUAGCUCUUUGUCCAGUGUCACUCCUCCUGAUGUUUGGUACAAAACAUCCAUCUCUGAAGAGACGAUUGAUAAUGGCUGGCUCUCAGCUUUGCAGCUUGAGGCAGUUACCUACGCAGCCCAGCAACAUGAAACAUUCCUCCCGAAUGGAGACCGUGCUGGCUUCUUAAUAGGUGAUGGUGCUGGUGUGGGCAAAGGCCGGACGAUAGCAGGGAUCAUAUAUGAAAACUAUUUGUUGAGUAGAAAAAGAGCAUUGUGGUUUAGUGUAUCAAAUGACUUAAAAUACGAUGCUGAAAGAGAUUUAAAGGAUAUUGGAGCAAAAAACAUUUUGGUCCAUUCAUUAAAUAAGUUUAAAUAUGGAAAAAUUUCUUCCAAACACAAUGGGAGUGUGAAAAAGGGUGUUAUUUUUGCUACCUAUUCUUCUCUUAUUGGUGAAAGCCAGUCUGGUGGUAAAUAUAAGACCAGGUUAAAACAGCUUCUGCAUUGGUGCGGUGACGACUUCGAUGGAGUGAUAGUAUUUGAUGAAUGUCACAAAGCAAAAAACCUAUGUCCUGUUGGUUCCUCAAAGCCGACCAAGACAGGCUUGGCUGUUUUAGAGCUUCAGAACAAGUUGCCAAAAGCCAGAGUUGUUUAUGCCAGUGCCACUGGUGCUUCUGAACCACGUAACAUGGCUUAUAUGAACCGUCUUGGAAUAUGGGGUGAGGGAACUCCAUUCAGAGAAUUCAGUGAUUUUAUUCAAGCAGUGGAACGAAGAGGUGUUGGUGCCAUGGAAAUAGUUGCUAUGGAUAUGAAGCUUAGAGGAAUGUACAUUGCACGACAGCUGAGCUUUACUGGAGUGACCUUCAAAAUUGAGGAAGUUCUUCUUUCUCAGAGCUAUGUUAAAAUGUAUAACAAAGCAGUCAAGCUGUGGGUCAUCGCUAGAGAGCGAUUUCAGCAAGCUGCAGAUUUGAUUGAUGCUGAGCAAAGAAUGAAGAAAUCUAUGUGGGGUCAAUUCUGGUCUGCUCAUCAGAGGUUUUUUAAGUACCUGUGCAUAGCAUCCAAAGUGAAAAGGGUAGUACAACUGGCCCGGGAGGAAAUAAAAAAUGGGAAGUGUGUGGUAAUUGGUCUGCAGUCUACAGGAGAAGCUAGAACUUUGGAGGCCUUGGAAGAGGGUGGAGGAGAACUAAAUGAUUUUGUUUCGACUGCCAAAGGGGUAUUGCAGUCACUCAUUGAAAAACACUUCCCUGCUCCAGACAGGAAGAAACUUUAUAGUUUGCUAGGAAUCGAUUUGACAGCUCCGAGUAACAACAGUUCACCAAGAGAUAGCCCUUGUAAAGAAAACAAAAUAAAGAAGCGGAAAGGUGAAGAAAUAACUCGAGAAGCAAAAAAAGCACGAAAAGUUGGGGGCCUUACUGGUAGCAGCUCUGAUGACAGUGGAAGUGAGUCUGAUGUCUCUGACAAUGAAGAAAGCGACUAUGAGAGCUCUAAAAACAUGAGCUCUGGUGAUGAUGACGAUUUCAAUCCCUUCAGAGAUGAGUCCAGUGAAGACAAUGAAGACGAUCCUUGGCUAAUUAGAAAAGAGCACAAGAAAAGCAAAGAUAAAAAAAAGAAGAAAAGUAUAGAUCCAGAUUCCAUUCAAAGUGCCUUGUUAGCAUCAGGUCUGGGUUCAAAGCGUCCUAGUUUCUCCUCUGCACCAGUCAUCUCACCUGCUCCCAACAGUGCACCAGCUAACAGUAACACCAACAGUAACAAUAGCCUUAUAACGAGCCAGGAUGCUGUGGAAAGGGCACAGCAGAUGAAGAAAGACCUGCUUGAUAAACUAGACAAAUUGGCUGAAGACCUCCCUCCUAACACCUUGGAUGAACUUAUUGAUGACCUUGGUGGUCCUGAAAAUGUGGCUGAGAUGACUGGACGCAAGGGACGUGUGGUGAGCAAUGAUGAUGGAAGCAUAUCUUACGAGUCAAGGACUGAGAUUGAUGUGCCUGUGGAAAUUCUAAACAUCACGGAGAAGCAAAGGUUUAUGGAUGGAAAGAAGAAUAUUGCUAUUAUCUCAGAAGCUGCUAGCUCAGGUAUUUCAUUACAAGCGGAUCGGAGAGCUCAGAAUCAAAGGCGAAGAGUUCAUAUGACUUUGGAGUUACCCUGGAGUGCUGAUCGGGCCAUUCAGCAAUUUGGAAGAACACACAGGUCAAACCAAGUAACUGCUCCAGAGUAUGUCUUUUUGAUAUCGGAACUAGCUGGAGAGCAGAGAUUUGCAUCUAUUGUUGCUAAGAGACUCGAGAGUUUGGGGGCACUUACACAUGGUGACAGAAGAGCAACAGAAUCUAGAGAUCUGAGCAGGUUCAACUUUGACAAUAAGUAUGGAAGAAAUGCUUUGGAAAUUGUCAUGAAAUCCAUUGUAAACUUGGAUUCUCCUAUGGUAUCACCACCUCCAGACUACCCUGGAGAAUUCUUUAAAGAUGUUCGGCAAGGACUGAUCGGAGUGGGCCUGAUUAAUGUAGAAGAUCGGUCAGGAAUUCUUACUCUUGAUAAAGACUAUAACAAUAUAGGAAAAUUCUUAAACAGAAUUCUGGGCAUGGAGGUGCACCAGCAGAAUGCGUUGUUUCAGUAUUUUGCAGACACUCUUACUGCAGUUGUUCAGAAUGCCAAGAAGAAUGGAAGAUAUGACAUGGGAAUCCUAGAUCUGGGUUCUGGAGAUGAGAAGGUGAGGAAGAGUGAUGUGAAGAAGUUUCUGACUCCAGGAUAUUCAACCUCUGGCCACGUAGAGCUAUACACAAUUAGCGUGGAGAGGGGAAUGUCCUGGGAGGAAGCAACCAAGAUUUGGGCAGAGCUGACAGGACCAGAUGAUGGCUUUUACUUAUCAUUGCAAAUAAGAAACAACAAAAAGACUGCAAUCUUGGUUAAAGAAGUCAACCCUAAGAAGAAACUAUUUUUAAUUUACCGACCAAACACUGGGAAACAACUUAAACUAGAAAUUUAUGCUGAUCUGAAAAAGAAAUAUAAGAAGGUCGUCUCUGAUGACGCUUUGGUACACUGGCUGGAUCAAUAUAAUUCCUCUGCAGAUACCUGUACUCAUGCAUACUGGCGUGGCAAUUGCAAAAAAGCAAGCUUAGGAUUGGUAUGUGAGAUAGGUCUCCGUUGCCGCACAUACUACGUGUUAUGCGGCUCAGUGCUGAGUGUCUGGACAAAAGUGGAAGGUGUUCUGGCCUCUGUCAGUGGCACAAAUGUGAAAAUGCAGAUAGUGCGACUAAGAACUGAAGAUGGACAGCGGAUUGUAGGUUUGAUCAUCCCGGCAAAUUGCGUGUCUCCUCUUGUAAAUCUCCUGUCAACUUCAGAUCAGUCUCAGCAGCUCGCAGUCCAACAAAAACAGCUGUGGCAGCAGCAUCACCCACAGAGCAUCACCAACUUGAGCAACUCGUAAACAGCAGCAGCUUCCACGUGGUGUUGAAUGCUGUGAGAGCAUACCACUUGCAUAAAAAUCAGGGACAGUUUCCAAAGAAUUAUUUUUUUUUUCCAGUUGUGCUCUCUAGUUAAUUUGGGGGGUUAAGGACAAACCUGGAAUAGGCAGCAACGCUGACAGCAAAUGGAGUGGAGGGGACACGUGUCUUUCCUCUUGCUUCCUUGGGCUGCCUGUGCUCUUUUACUUUGGGUGAACAGAGCGGAUGUGUGUGUGCGCGCGUGUAUGUUUCAGUCUGUGAGUUUGUUAAAUGCUACAAGACCACAGUUGGUUGAAAAUGCUUGGAACUUCCCAUACUGGCUUUACUUUUCCUUUCUACAGUGCUCAGGGUUAACACAGUACAUCCUUGUCGUUACUGUGGGAGUUCCCCGGAUGCAUGUGUUCCAAGUCUCUAAAUACAGAAUAUAUAUAUAUUGGUUUCUUUUCCAACUUAAACAAUGUUUCCUACAGCAUGAAGUGAAGGGUUGCGUGCCAUGCAUUCAGGUUCUUUUGUAGCUUUUGUUGGCAGUGCAUGUCUUUGAAAGCAUGUGUAAUCAAGAUUACCACAGAAGUCACGUGUGGAGAGAAGCAUUGGAGAUGUACAGCAUUGGGUAUUGCAUUUCUAGUGUUGAUACCUGAGUGUUGCUUCUAACCCUCAGCCCUGCCCACUCUUCCCUGUCCCAAGUUUCUUGUCAAAGUAGUAAGUACAUACAUUUUUUUUUUUUUUGUGAUAAGACUCUUUAAAAGUUUAUUUUAAUGUGUUAAUAGUAUUCCUAAUUUGUGCUACAAAAAAUGGCUGUGACCCUUUUCAAUAGUUACAUUUUCCUUAACUUAAACAUAGUUUUAGGAAGAAUUGUAAUUGGCUUCCAUCUUGCACACAAUCUUUUUUACUUCAUUAUCUGAAUCUGCUUGGUCAUUCAAACCGGAAACCGUACCUGAGUUGUAAACUAGACAGUGAGAAAACACUUGGCUUCUGCUGUAUGUUGUUGUUGUUGUUGUUGUUACCCAGUAACUUGAAUAUUGUUUAAUGUGCUAUAAGACAUUGUAGAGAUUAUCUCCAGCUGUUAAAAAUGGUAAUGUACAAAUGUGAAUAGACACUUAUCUAUAACAUGGGUAAGUUUUGUUUCGCCUAUAAUAGAUGUUUAUAAAAAAAAAAAAAAAACAGUGAGGGGACAAUUGGUCUUUUUGUUUUUUCUCCCAGCCUCCCCUCCCCCCAUUUUUUCUACCCUUUUUUUGCUUGCACAGGUUGCACUAUUGAAAAAUUGAGAUUGUAUAAAUCUGGUUAAAAGCUACAAGAUAUGAAAAUCUUGUAGAUGUUGAAUAAAAAGUUAUUGUACUAAUGAAGUGGACUCUUGUUUAGGCCCUCACUGGGGACUCCAGGCCUAGGUAGCAGGGCUCUGUAGAACUCGGCGUGGCCUUAGCCUUCCAGGUAGCCUUAGAGUCUGACUGAAAUCUGAGGUGAUCUUAAGGACGGGGUAAAUGAUGGUACUUUUGAAUGUUUUUCAAGUUGAAUCGUUCUCUUUGUAGCUUUUUAAACUUCUCAAAGUAUUGGGUGAGGUGUGUGUAGUGACAGAAACCUGAUGGAGCACUUGGGGCUCUCAUUCUCUCAAGUUUCUUUGGUUAAGUUUACCGUAAUAUUGUUUCAGAUUUAUUUAUUCUUAGUGCCUCAAAGAACAAGUGGAGAAUGGUUUUUGUUCUUGGUCACAUUUUGCCCAGUGGAUGCAACUUUUAUCCUCAUUCCGUGUAUCUCAGGCUGUGAUCUCAUGAGCAUCAAGCAGGAUCUCUUUGUGGCCUAGGUCCAGUUGGCCACUAAGAGUAGAAUUGUGUCCCCCUUCACAAAACCUUUGAGCUUUUGUUUUUGAACUGGUGGACCAUUCAUCUUUCUUUGGAAUGUUAAGAAAAAGGCCUAAGGAAGGGCUUGGCUUAACUCACUUUCUCCGUGAGACCAAAUCGCAGAGGUUGGGACAGAUGCCAUGUUCUAAGCUGUUGGUGCCACCCUCUUUGCAUGUGCAGAUGUCUGUUUUGGUGGGUCCUGGCUUUUCUGAUGCUUUUAAAGCAACACCUACAGGAUUUCUCUAGCAAGUGGUUAGUGAGCACCUCACCCAGUGGUGAUGCUGUGACAUGUGCUCUUGGAGUAGCCCAGUCUUGGUAAGGGGUCUGCUUGUGUUCUGUUCCUGAUUUUUGUUGUUUAAUAAGAAAGGCCCACGAAUACUAGGCAUCUGGAGGCCCUUUCAAAGCAGACUUGAAAAGGCAAGUGGUGUGGGAGGGCAGAAGCUGAGUCACCUUUGACCAGUUGAAUGUGUGUGACACCUGGGGUUGAUGCCCAACCCCUCUUGAAGAGAUGAGCAUGUGCUAUCUGCACUGUGCCCAGCAUACAAGGGUUUCUUGUGUCAUAAUCUAAGUCUUCUCAGCCACUGUCACAUAAAGUAGGUCCAGUCUCCCAGUGGAUCUGAAUGCCAUGUCUGCAUCCUGGGGCGUCACUUAACUCUACCCACCAUAAGUCCUUGGCCUCUGUGAUGCCUUUUCUCCCACUUAAGCAAUACAGCUCUGAGCAGCAGAUCCUAUUGUUGGUCCCAUCAGUGUUUUCAGAGUUUACAGUCCCGAUUGUGCUGAAAAUCACUCCAGGUUCCAUGCUGCUCAGGUAUGCUUGCUAGGGAGGUUGUGUCUCCCUCCCCUAGCAACCUCUGUGCCACAGGCUUGCCUUGUUUGUGGUCAAGUUAGAGAGCUGUCAGUGGUGCAGAGUCAGAGAAGUAUUAAAAGUGUUUAUGUAAACAUAAGUUAUCAGAAAGCUAGGCAGGCUAAGCAGUUUUCUCUUUUUCUACUAAAUUGCAGAUCUGCUUUGAGUGUUUGCUUUUUCCUGUAUGUAUAGAUUAGCAAGAACUUGUAUCCAAAGCACUGUAGUAGCUGUAGGUGUGUACAUAUGUGUAUUUAUUCUUACUCAGCACUUAAGAACCUUUUUGAGUUGCAACAAUAAAACUUGUAAUUUGUUCUGUCUGUGGAAAGAAAAGUUCUAGAUUACCAAACUCCAGAGGAGUUUGGCUGUAGCCUUUAUUUGCUGAUCUCCAUGCCAUGAUGUUAGAACAACUUCUAAGAAACCAGAGAAGGGGAAGGAAGACAUCCAUGUACAAUUCUCAUCCUGUCCUCCACUUUCCAUAUUAGCACAGGGGCUGCUGUGGCUCACUUGAAUGCAGGUGGAAACAUUCUCAUCCCAUGAGACCUUAUCCAGGGAUCCUGAUUUUAUAGAGGGACCUUUAUGGGCUCUGGCACUUGCUAGGAAUGGUGUCCCAGAAAAGCUGUCCUUGGGCCAGGAUCCACACAAUGAGUGUUUAGUUAGUUGAGGAAUACCCAUGGCAAAAGAAACACUGUGUUGGUGUGUUUGUUAAAUGUCCUUCUGAUGUAUGUGGACUCUGAUGAAAACAUACAUAUACACACACACCUCAUAGGUAGGUGCUUUGGCACAGUGUACUGAAAUGAGCCAAGCAUUCCAUGUCAUGGAUGCAGCUUGUCAGAAACCAUUUGCAAGAAAAUCUCUCAACAAGGCUAGCUAUCUAAAGCAAGAGUGCCCACCCUCUGUUGUAUGCUGUACAUAAUACAUGUGUACAUAAUAAGUGUAUAGGGAAGUGUGAGUUCUUCUACAUGUCAAGUGUAAAUCUUGUAAAUCAGGGCCCCGUUUACUUGUUCUUAUGCCUCCUCUUCCUUUCCCUCCUAUUUAUUCUUUUAUGGACUCCCAUAUGGAGCAUCUUAUUAUUAUUAUUUUUUUUUUUUAAUUUAGGAAACUGUGGAAAGCUUCUUAGCUGAGUCAGUAAUUGUGUUUAGAGUUCAUCUUUGUCUCCUGGUUGUAGGAGUCCUCUUGCCCACGUUGCCCACACACCUGGCUGUGCUGUCUUAGGAUGCACCUGAGCACUGCUCCUGACCUGUCACCAUGUGACUGGUUGUGCUCAUUUUUGUUAUCUGGAAGCUAUAGUGAGCCUGAUGCUUUUAUAUUUAAGGAGAAGCUUCUCUAGAUCUCUCUUGAGCUCCUUUAACAUCUUCAGUGUGUCUGCAGCCAGCUGCAAGCUCAGUAGAAGCCUGACAUGACUGACUCUUGCCUUUAUUGAGUCCUGCUCCAGUCCCUCAGUCCCUGCCACCUGCCUGACAGGAAGACGUUGCAGAUAGUUCAUUGGCUCAUGACUUGGCUGCAAGUUUCCUGUGUAUAAGAAGUUGGAUUUUUGUGGCCCCACAGAUGACAAGCAGAUUACUUUAUGACAAACACAGUAAUCUGAUUAUAACUGGUCACAAAUAUUUCUUAGUACAUGACAGAUGACCUUAGAGAACAGCUGUCAUCCAUUCUACAAUAGUUCUACUGUAGAAGCUGGCACAACCUUCAGCACACAAGACUGUUCAGUGUUAGGGUCUCACACCUGGCGGGAUGAGCUUUAAGCAGAGAUGCUGAGUUCUGGGGCAUUGAUGUUGGUGCUGAAGGCCCGGUGAGGUCAUGGAGAUGGUGCUGAACCUCACCUAGGGCACAGGAGUGGGGUUUUAUUUACAGGCCUUUGUACCCUCAAAAAACACCCUCUGUAAUUCUCAGGAAAGUUUUCAGUGAACAUUCAGCUUGGUAGACUUGAUGACACUUUGAAAAUUGCCUACAUUUGGCUAAGUCUUUGGAACUUAGUUGUCAUGAUUGAAGGUCUGUCACAGAUUGCUCCAGCAGGAAUACCUCCACCCCAUCUCCCUUCCUUUGUGUCCUGCAGCAGCAGCCAGCCAUCUGUAGAAAUCUAGCAGGGCACAGAUAGGCCAGGAGUUCUACAGCAAACAAAUACACCUUUUAGUGUGGAGAGAGAAGAGGUGGCGGGUACAUUUGGGUUUUGGGUUUGGGUUUUUUUGUUUUUUAACUUCAGGCCGCCUUGGGGUUGAGUAACAGCGUGCAAGUCCCUUGGGGAGAGUUAAUCUGGCCUUUCUGCUUCUGGUCCUCUAACCCAGACCCUACCCAAAGGGCCUUGUAAGCUUGUGCUGUGCAGAUAGGUGGGGUGACACUGAGGAAGGUAAAGAAACUUGAGCUGUUCCUCUGGCUCUACCUACUUAUGAGACUGAGGGGUCUUUUUACAUUUUUCUUAACAUAGCACAGUGCAGCCUCACCACUAAAAAAAAAAAAAAAAAAAA